ACGGAGAGAAAGAGUUAAAGUAGAUGUAUUUCAUUCUGUACUUGUUAAAUAGCCAAUAUGUCCGACUGCCAGCUAACAAGAUGCAAUACUGACGUCAAUCUCAUUUCUGAUUAGCUAACCGCGGAGAACCAGUUCCUUGGUUCACCAUGGUCUUUUCCAAUAGGACAGGCUUAAAACUAUUUUUCUUGGUCUAUAUAACCCACUAUGCCGACUGUGUUUUGACUCGUGAACACUUGUUCCUACUCAACAAUGACAUGUACCUGACUAUAGUUAAAGUAGGAGUCGAACUGAGCGAUACCAAUGUCUCGUAUUGCAUAUACCAAUGCCAGGCCCUCAAUGGGGCGUGCAACAGUAUUCUCUUCAAUACAGACAAUAGACAGUGUAGCUUAGGUUCAAAAAUAGCAUCUACAGCUACAGCCAGGGACACCUCCACCUUUAUGUUGUACCAUGGUAGAGCCUGCAACGAGUCAGCUGGAUUUAAUACUGUUACAGAUGGCACCACAACAGCAUGUAUCUGGAUAUCCUCAAGUUCUCUUCGCGCCGACUUGGCUUACAAAGAUUGUCAAUACAAGAAGUCUCAUCUGUUUGCCCCGAGAAGUUUGGACAAGUUUAAUUUGCUCGGUCACGUGAUGUUGAGCUACAAUGACGAUGUGUUCGUUGGUUUGGAUGACUCCGAGGAGGAAGGCGUCUUCAGGCUUGCAGACGACGGAUCGAAAUUAAACCCAGAUCUUAUUCCUUUAAUGUUUACCAAAGGUCAGCCUGACAAUUACUUCAAUGAGGACUUUGUCUUCUAUUACUCUGCCAGCAGGCGACUCAAUGAUGUGAAGGCCGACAUAAUCUCCAGAUACGUUUGUGAAAUAUACAUAUUUAUAUAACAUUUUUCAAAGGAAAGAUUAUCUUUGUAAAGUCUCUUGUUUGUUUUUUUUUCUUCUGAAAAAUAUCAUUAGUUUAACAGAGAAGUAAUAAAUAAAACAGUAAUAACAUUUGGUUGUUUGAUCUUGGGCUCUCUGUGACAUACCACUUCUGGUCCUGACGAG